AUGCCACUACUGGUAAGACUGAACACCGCACAGUUCUUGCGCAAAUGGUGUCUCAUCUCCACAGUGAGGACUCCUCUUGUGCUGUUGCAGCUCUAUCACCGAGCUCAAUGGGAUAGUUCAGGACAGAUCGAGCAGCUCAAGACUGGGUAUAUACGAGACCCUGGGCCAUCAACAGCAGUGGCAUUGUACUUUGCGACUUCAUGGCCUGGCAUAGGGGGAGUUGUGGAUGGUGGCGGAGGAGGAGGUUCCACAAAUAUCCCUAUUCUCAAUGACACAUCAAUGCAAAAGAACUGUAGGCUGAGGCUAGCCGAGGCAGCUUUCUCAUCAGCAUUUGGCGAGAUCUCUUUUUGGGAGUUGGCUUAUCAGUUGGCCGGUCCCGAUAUGGAAGCCAUACCGAUCCUUGUCCAUCACUUCCUGGCAGUCUUUCACCUCAGCUCCAGCAUGGCUGAUAUCUCCUGCAUGGACGAGGCUGGCCACCCAGUGGACUGGUUUGUCAUCUAUAAGUUGCCCAAGUAUAUCGUCCAUCAGGCUUCUGGGCUGGGACUGAAUUAUAUGUACCUCGAUCCUUCAACAAGUGGCUGGAAACAGAGCCAGUACCUCAUCAAUAUGACUGAGAGUGCCACCGGAAGGACUCUGCAGCAACUUUAUUCCACCUAUCAUUCAAAGGUCAACGACAGGGCAUACAUUAUCUACAAUGAUGCUGCCCCAUCCAUGCCUUAUGACAAGCAGCAUGGGCACACAAAAGGAGUUCUGCUGUUUGACCAAUCCCAGGGGUUCUGGCUGAGUCACAGUGUUCCACAUUUCCCACCCUUUGCCAACAAGCAAUAUUCCUGGCCUUCCACUGGGAAGAUGUUUGCACAGAUCCUUUUCUGUUUCACCUACAAAUACAAACAAGUGCUGGAAAUUGGAAGGCAGCUUUUAUACUCUAACCCACAUGUCUACAACUGGUCUCUUCCUGGCACUUUCCUGCCUGAGCUUUCAGAUCUGCAAAUUGCUGCCAAGGGGGGCAGUGUGUCCAAGUCUCCAUGGAUACGCCGCACUGUGCUGACAUCCUCAGCGGGAGUCCAGCUUCUGAGCUUUGCAAAAUUCAAGCAUUUUGAAGAUGAUAUUUAUGCAGCCUGGGUUGCACAGGACCUGAGGACAGAUUUGUUGGCACAAACUUGGAACGGGACCAAGGAAGAGCUCCCUUCGAACUGCUCCCUCCCCAAACACAUCUACAAUGUCGCAAGGGUCAAACUGCCAGGGCCAGCCAGCUUCUACUCGGACAAUGACCACUCCAAGUGGUGCGUCUCCCUGCGCUACCAUGAGCAGUGGGUUUGUAUCGGAGAUCUCAAUCGGUCAGUCGGCCAAAUGUGGAGAAGUGGGGGGCUUCUCUGCACACAGCACCCAAAUAUUUACCAAGUUCUGCGGAGGUCAGUCUCCUGGUACAAUAACUGCACAGACUCUCUGUAGUGGGACAAGAGGGCAGCUGGCACCAAGUUUUUAGUCAUUGCUGUGACAGCAUAGCCCUUAGACAACAUGCCCCGCUUCUACCUUUCCUCUUAGUCUGGCAGAUUAAAUGAAGCAGCAACAGAGACUGUCGGUAUACCUCCCUUCUCAACGCCAUCAUCUGUGUCAGUUGAAAUCUAGUCCACCUUGCAAACCACAACGUGUCUCUUUCAAGAAAUAAUUUUUACAAUUUGGAUUCCUCCUUCCCUCCAUCCAAACUGGAGUUUUCUGGGUUUACCUGUGGAACCUUUGUACAACAAUAUCAAACAUCAUAAAUAUUAAAUGAGUCAUUAUUUCAGCCUGUCGAAGAUACAAAACCUACAAAACAUUCACUUUCUGAGAAAAAAUCUUAUUUUGAUCUUAUGUGGAAGAUGUGAUGCUGAUAUUUUCUCAUCAAACUGCUCAGAUAUUCUGUCACACACUUCUGGGGCAGGUAGAGCUUGAAGGCGAUCCUCCUAACUCAGAGGUAGAGACGCCACCACGUCACCACAUGAGACUGGCUAAGUUAAAUGUCAUGUAUUAUUUUAGAUAUUGGUUUGUUAAUCGGUUAAUUCUAAUUGCUUAAUAUGCCAAUCAUAUUCUGCGUGGAGACGAAAUAAUGUGAACCACAUGAUUUGGUCUCUGAUAGAGCCUUGUGGAACUUGUAAGAUGCAGU